GGAAGUCGGUGUUGUGUCUGGUCUGUUGUGGGCGCUGAGGAGGGUUAAGGAUUGAGCGUCUUGAGGGGUCGGGGCGCAGGGCGCUGGAUUUCUGCUGUGGUCGCGUCUUACUUCCCGCCUGGCGAUGGCGACGUACACCUGCAUCACCUGCCGGGUGGCGUUCCGCGACGCGGAGCUGCAGCGGGCCCACUACAAGACGGAUUGGCACCGCUACAACCUGAAGCGGAAAGUGGCCGACAUGGCCCCGGUCACCGCCGAGGGCUUCCAGGAGCGCGUGCGGGCGCAGCGGGCCGUGGCGGAGCAGGAGAGCAAGGGCACGGCCACCUACUGCACCGUCUGCAGUAAGAAGUUUGCCUCGUUCAACGCCUACGAAAACCACCUCAAGUCCCGGCGGCAUGUGGAGCUGGAGAAGAAGGCCGUGCGGGCCGUGAGUCGGAAGGUGGAGGUGAUGAACGAGAAGAACUUGGAGAAGGGGCUGGGCGUGGACAGUGUGGACAAGGAUGCCGUGAACGUGGCCAUCCAGCAGGCCAUCAAGGCUCAGCCGUCCAUGUCUCCCAAGAAGGCGCCCGCGGCGCCCAAGGAGGAGCCCAGGAGUCCCGUGGCCGCGGCAGAUGGAGGACGUGGGACCCACGACCGAGACCCGGCCGAGAAGCCUCCCCGGCUCCAGUGGUUUGAACAGCAGGCGAAGAAGCUGGCAAAGCGGCAGUGGGGGGACGAGAGUGAGGAGGAGGAGGAGGACCUGGAUGAAGACGAUUGGGAAGAUAUUGAUUCUGAUGAAGAGUUGGAAUGUGAGGAUGCUGAAGCAGUGGACGAGGUGGAGGAGCAGGAUGCAGAGGAGGAAGAGGCUGGGGGAAGCCCCUGCCUUGGUGCCAUCCCGGUAACGGACUGCUUAUUUUGUGCCCAUCAUUCAAGCUCCCUCAUGAAGAAUGUGGCUCAUAUGACUAAAGUCCACAGCUUCUUUAUUCCUGAUAUUGAAUAUCUUUCAGAUCUUAAGGGACUGAUUAAAUAUUUGGGAGAGAAAGUUGGUGUUGGGAAGAUUUGCUUGUGGUGCAAUGAGAAAGGGAAAUCCUUCUACUCCACGGAAGCUGUGCAGGCACAUAUGAAUGACAAAAGCCACUGUAAGCUCUUCACAGAUGGUGAUGCUGCUUUGGAAUUUGCAGACUUCUAUGAUUUUAGGAGUAGCUACCCAGAUCACAAGGAAGGGGAGGACCCUGAUGAGGCUGAGGAGUUGCCUUCAGAAAAGAGCUUGGAGUAUGAUGAUGAUACCAUGGAGCUGAUUCUACCUUCUGGUGCCAGAGUGGGUCAUCGCUCCUUGAUGCGAUAUUACAAACAGCGGUUUGGCUUGUCAAGAGCUGUGGCAGUUGCCAAGAAUCAGAAGGCUGUGGGCCGGGUACUCCAGCAGUACAGAGCCCUGGGGUGGACUGGCAGCACAGGAGCAGCUCUUAUGCGUGAGCGGGACAUGCAGUAUGUCCAAAGGAUGAAGUCAAAGUGGAUGCUGAAGACAGGAAUGAAGAACAACGCCACCAAGCAGAUGCACUUUAGGGUCCAAGUGAGAUUCUGAGGGUCCGCGGGGAUUGCGUGCUCCAUCUCCCACACAGGCGUCCUCCUUGCCUGAGGACCAGUGGGAACCGGAUGCACGAAGACCCUUUUUGCUGCUACUUGUCCCUGUAUUUCAUCUGUUUUGACCUAGUAAUAAAAGUCAGAAUCACA